AUGAGUGAACGAAAAAGGCUUUCAAAUGGGAAUAACUCUAAACGUCAUGAUGAUGAUGAUACGGAAGAGAGUGAAGAUGAAAUGCCUUCAUUAAUUGAUUCAGAUAAAACUUCGGAAGAGGAUGAAGAUGAAUUGCCUCCACUGGUAGAGUCUGAUGAUGAUGAAUUGCCACCCUUGGUAGAUUCUGAAGCCUCCGAUAGUGAUGAUGAUCUUCCAGUAUUGAUCGAUGAUGAAGACGAUUCUGACUAUUCUGAUGAUGAAAAUUGGGAGACUGAUUCUGAUGAUGAUGAUGAUGAAGUCUGUGCAGAACAUUAUUUAGGAGAUGAUGGAAUUGUUUAUGAUCGAGAAACACAUGAGGAGGCUUUACCUCCUCUUGUCUCACCUACAUCCUCGGAAGAUGACGAAGACUCUGAUGAGGAUGAGGAGUCUGAAUCAAGUUCUUCAUCCGAUGAUGCUAAUUUUCCACUUUUCAUGCCAUCAAGCCGAUCGGCCAGUAGAGUAAAUCAGAGAAGUACUAUUAAUGGAAUUAGCAGAAAUAUGAUUAAUAAUAAUAGACAGAGAAUAAGGGCAACAAGAAAUCCUCCUUUUGUGUUACCUGGACUGCCUCCUCAAUUUUCUCAUUUUCCUAUUUCUGAUGAAGAGGAUUUGGAUGUGGAUGAAGAUUCUGAUGAGGAUUCUGAUGAUGAUAACCCAUUUAGAAGCCCACAAAUUAGAGAUACACAGGGAAUUUCACAUAAUUCCACACGAUCAGGAACACACAACAAGUAUUGGACUCAAAUUUCAACACGUGAAAAAUCAAAAUUGGAUGCACUCUACAAGAAUGCUGAGGAUUCAUUCAAGUUUACUACAUCACCAGCCUCUUCUUCGACUGAGUCUCCAAUAAUUUCCAUUCCAAUAGGAAAUGAACUUCAAUUAUCUAUUCACAAUAUGGAAGAAUUUUUGGAUGGUAUUAUUCAAAUCAUUACUUCACACUCUCUGCAUGCAAUGGAGGUUUCUUCCCUGUUCGAAUAUUCGAGAAUGGCUCAGAAACAAGUCGUUCAAAAUAGAAACAUUCUUCUUUUGCUGGCUCUCAUGUUGGCAAUUAAAAUUAAGUAUUUGAAGGAUUAA